CCUACGCUCCCGUCCAGUACUGAUUUUACUUUCACCCUUUGCACCCUGAGAGUUUUGGUUGUUCCGGGCCUCUGCUGUCACAGACAUGCUUACUCUGUCAUUACGCCACACAUUACAGCCCUUCUUCCACAGGGUUUCAGGAUGUUUGGGCCAAGGUCGCCAGAUCACUGUGGAGUCGUGCAGGCGAGGCCUCAGCAGUACCCGUGGGUGGUCGGGACAGGAAAGUCUGGCCCAGGAUGACCCAGAGAUGUGGAUCCUCCUCCAGCAGGAGAAGGACCGGCAGUGUCGGGGGCUGGAGCUCAUAGCAUCAGAGAACUUCUGCAGCCGUGCAGCGCUUGAGGCCCAGGGCUCAUGUCUGAACAACAAAUACUCUGAGGGAUACCCGGGACAAAGGUACUAUGGAGGUGCAGAGAUCGUGGACCAGAUCGAGCUGCUGUGUCAGAAACGAGCGCUUGCUGCCUUUGGUCUGGACCCAGAUUUGUGGGGUGUCAACGUCCAGCCAUACUCCGGCUCCCCCGCCAACUUUGCAGCCUACACAGCUGUACUGAGGCCUCAUGACCGCAUCAUGGGCCUGGAUCUGCCCGACGGAGGACACCUUACCCACGGCUACAUGACAGAUGCCAAGAGAAUCUCAGCCACCUCCAUCUACUUUGAAUCAAUGCCUUAUAAACUGGAUCCUAAAACAGGUCUGAUAGAUUAUGACCGGCUGGAGAGCACGGCCCGACUCUUUAGACCCAGACUCAUCAUCGCAGGGACCAGUGCCUACGCUCGCCUCAUCAACUACGCUCGCAUGAAGAAGCUGUGUGUGGAGCUGAACGCCUACCUGCUGGCAGACAUGGCUCAUAUCAGCGGCCUGGUGGCAGCAGGAGCUGUUCCCUCUCCUUUCCAACACGCCGACCUGGUCACCUCCACUACCCAUAAGUCCCUACGUGGAGCAAGGGCUGGUCUGAUCUUCUACCGGAAAGGUGUGCGGUCUGUGGAUAAGAAAGGUCUGGAGGUGACCUAUGACCUCCAGGACAGGGUGAACUUUGCUGUGUUCCCUUCACUUCAGGGAGGCCCUCACAAUCACGCCAUUGCUGGGGUGGCCGUCGCCCUCAAACAGGCUUCCACUCUCAUGUUCAAACAGUAUAUCACUCAAGUGCUGCUGAACGCCAAGGCCAUGGCUAACGCUCUGCUGAGGAGAGGCUACACCCUGGUGUCAGGUGGAACGGACAAUCACCUGGUCUUGGUUGACCUUCGACCUCGCGGGAUCGACGGGGCUCGGGCGGAGAGGGUCCUGGAGCUGGUGUCCAUCACUGCCAACAAGAACACCUGCCCCGGAGACAAGAGCGCCCUGACUCCAGGAGGACUCCGGCUUGGAACCCCGGCUCUGACCUCCAGACAGUUCAGCGAGGCAGACUUUGAGAAAGUUGUGGAAUUUAUUGAUGAAGGGAUCCAGAUCGCACUGGAUGUGAAGAAGAAGACUGGAAACCUGGCCAGCUUCAAGUCCUUCCUUCUGGAGGACCCAGAGACAGUGUCACGCGUCACAGAGCUCCGCCAGCGGGUGGAGCUCUUCUCCAGGCCCUUCCCCAUGCCAGGAUUCACUGACCACUGACAACAGCACAGACACAUGUAUCUAGGCUAGUCAUAAAAACACCACGUCAGAUCAAAAGAGAAAGGUUUGAUCAAGUGUUGACUCAUAUAAUUUCAGUAUCACAUGUUUAUUAUUUUCUAAUGGCUGUAACAAUAAUGCUAAUGUGUAAUAAUAAUGUAAUAACUUAUUACAAGUGGUCCCAUUAUUUUAUGUAUAACAUAUUAUGAUAUAGCAAUAAGCAGAUAUAGCGGUUACAUAUAUAUAUAUAUAUAUAUAUAUAUAUAUAUAUAUAUAUAUAUAUAUAUAGUGGUUAAAUAAUUUGUCAACAACUAUAACUCAAUGAAUGGAGGCUGGUGUAUAAAAAGCUAAUGAAUGAUAUAUAGUAAAACACUUAAAUGUGUCCUUACCUACUGCUACAUUAUAUCAUGUUAUAAAUCAUUUGUUAAGUGUUCAUUAACAGCUUAUAAAUGUGAAAUAAGGAGACUUACAGUAAAUUAGUGUUACCUCAGUGUCUUGUGCUCCUGAUGAAGUGACGUCACAAUAAUGAGAUGAUGUUAAAUUGCAGCAGGUUAUCACAUCAGCAGGUUUAAAUAAAUGAUCUCAUUCAGCAGAACAACUCGUUACACUUUGGCAACUUAUUAGAGUAGGGGGCAAAAUUCUCAUCAGCCACUUUGGGAAAUUAUGUUUGAACCUUUUAGAUAUGGAAAAGGAUUGGUUUCGUGCAGGCAAGAGAUGACCAGGUCAAUAAUACUGAUCAUUUCCAUAAAGAUUUAAUUCAUUAAAAACAAAAAAGAUUUAAUAAAAAAAUGUUACACAGUAGUGUACAUCAUCUGUAGCUGCUGCAGUUUUCACUUGAUAGACAGACCACAAGUGAUUUUAGGUAAUUGGUUUUUUGUCCCCAAGCUCUUAUCAACGUUAGGCCCUGGGAAACUCACAGUAGCUGUGUUGGGAAGUGAACACACGCUCAGUUCACACCCACAAAACUACAAACCAAAAAUCACCCAUAGCUUCACUUUGAUUUGCUCUUGUAAAUACAGUAGAUCUUCUUCAGUGUAAUAAAAAGCCAUCCUGAAUGUUUGAUGACUUUCCUUUCAGAGGCUCUCUUGUCACUUGCGUUGGUCUGGCUGUGGGAUGAAAGCCUGCUGCUGUGUAACAUUUGAUAGGGAGGCAGAUGAUUUAUGUUUACAGUGAAAGGAGGGAAGAGGCUCUUCAGAUUAAAUAAACACUGAUCCGUGUUAAGCUGCUGGCAUUUCCUCCGGUCAUUUCCUCUCACUGUCGUCUUCAGGGAACAGUCCAGAAGAAGAAAAUCAGCUCUGGACAGAGACAGAGAUCGGACAGGAAGAUAGUUGGAGCCAAAGAUUCACACCCUGAAAAAAAAUCUUCUCUUCAACCAGGAGCACCUUCACUCAGCUGUUGGCAGAGGUUCCUACUUCCAGCUAAACUAUUUUUAUUUUUAUGAUACUGUGUCUUUAUGUCACCCUGUUGCCCCACAUUAUGCUAAUAUACACAGACAUAUACAGGAGAAGAUGAGAAGAUUAUGUAGCUCCAGAGUUCUUCACUGUCCUCACAAAUCCUUCAGAACUUCCAUUUCUGUUUAUUUAAACGCAUCCUCUCCCGCUCAGUCUGCUCUUUAUACAGAUAAACAGAGCUAGCUUCCUCUUGCUCUCACUCUGGGUUGUAAUUACAAUGUUUGCUAUUGUUUUAUUUUGAUGAGUUUAUUUCUUGUUCUAAGAGGAACGUUUCCUCUGGGACAUAAAGUGCUUUAUAAACGAGCCGUGCAACAUGAAGCAGCUGCUGGAGCCUAUUGGAGCGCUUAAUAUUUAUUUCAUUAAAGAGCUGAAUGAUGGCGCCUUGGUGGCUCCCCUGGUGGAGCGAAUCACAAAGGCUUAGUCCUAACCUCAGCAGCCAUGGGCUCCAGACCAACCCUCAGCCCUUUGCUGCAUGUCAUCCCCUGACUUUCCUGUCUAUCUCUCACUGUCCUGUCAGAAUAAAGGCAAAAAUGGCCAAAAAAAGAACUGAA